AUGAACUACGCGGCAGUCAUAAAUGGGCCGUUUUCGAGCAACAACAGCGGCAGCAACCAAUACCCGCGUGCAGGUUACACACCCAACGAUUAUGGCCAGCAGACAAACGUGCAAGAUCAAAACCCACGGAUGAUGCAGUAUCAAACGCUCAAUAGUGGUACUGGUCAGCCCGUCAAUGUGUACCAACAGUUUUCCCCGACUCCUGUAUCGAAUGAUCCUAGGAAGAACAUCCAUAUUGGAAGCAAACUUUUUGUCGGACAAGUCCCCGCCAUGACGACGGAAGAACAGUUGCGACCCGUAUUUGAGCCAUAUGGAGAGCUUUUAGAGGUAAAAAUUAUGCGUGAUCCCUUGGGACGUUCAAAGGGAAGUGCUUGGGUGCGCUACGAGACGAAUGAGAUGGCUAUGAAUGCCAUAAACGCGCUUAACGAGAAACAUACAGUUCCUCCUCAGACUAAUCCAUUGCGAGUACAAUUCGCCACCCCCAACAGUGUGAGGCAUCAGCAGCUUCAACAGCAAGCAAGAUAUGCCGUCGAGCUUAAGGUUCCCAUGAAUCAAUACAACUUUGGAGGCUCAAUGGGUGGCGGCACGCAGCAAGGUGGAAUGGUAAUGGUGCGGCCUGGUGCCUCUCCCAAUGUCGUCCCGCCUAUUUCUGCCAACGCUGGGGGACGGUACGUGUCGGCGCCCUUUGGAGGCGGCUCCAUGGAAUCUCCCCCCAUUAUGAGUGGGCCAUACACUUCCUCUGCCAAUCGCUUUGAAAACGUUAACUCUCCUGGAAAUCGAAGAGAUUUGUAUUCACCAUUGGAACAACCGCAGCCCACCGCCCCCCAGUUGUACCAACAACAACAACAACAACAACAGCGUGUUUAUUCCAGUCCCAUUGGUAGCCCGUCGGGAGUUUACAAUCAGAUGCCUUCACGGCAGCCGAACCCUCGGAACAACAGCGGCAAGAGUGGCGCAAGCAUGGGAUCCUUCGAAACUGGACACGGAAUGAGCAACUCUAACAGCAACGGGGCACCCAAUAUGGUGAAUGAAAUGUCUACUCUUGAUGCCGGGAUCGCCAUUUGGGAGGCGAGGAGUAACAGUGCUUUGCAAGGACAGGAGCAGCGGGAACCGGCAACGCGAGUCCGGUCGGGUGAAAGGAAGGAAGAAUAG